AUGGAUGCCCGCAUCGGAUUGGAGUACAUCAUCGAGAACAACGACUACGUGAACAAGCUGGGACUCGCACUGGACACCAACAAUGUCACGGUUAAGAAGCAAAUCUUCGAGCUCCUGUCGACGCUUUGUGCGUUCAGUGCAAACGGGUACAAGCGUGCCAUCGAAACGCUGGAACACUACAAGAGCAUUAAGGGUGAACGGUAUCGGCUGAAUCUGGUCGUGUCGGAGCUAGACAAGGCGACUGCGGUCGAGUACCAGAUAGCGCUGCUGGCGUUCGUCAACUGCGUGAUCAUAUCAGCCGGGUCACUCAAGGAUCGGAUACGAAUGCGCAACGAAUUUAUCGGAUUAAACCUCAUACCAGUAUUAAAUAAUUUAAGGCGCACGGCCAGCAGCGUUCCGGACGUUGCCUCCCAGUUGGAGGUGUACGACGAGCAGCAAGAAUGCGACCUAUCCCAGAGCCUCCAAGUGCCGGACGGGAUCGAUCUGAACUCGCAUCUUGAUGUCUUCAAUGCCAUCCUAGCACAGAUCGCCGGCACACCGCAAGCUACGCCAUUUCUAAGCAUACUCCAGCACCUGCUGCAGAUUGACCCGAAGGAGCAGAUCAGUGACAUCGUCUGGGAUACGGCCGAAACGCUCGUACACCGGGCCACACUGCUGGAGGACAAGGAAGCAUCUGCCCGGCUGCUGAGGGCACCCAGCGUCCAGAAGUUCUUCACCUGCCCACACUGCCGGGGCGAUCUGAGCGGGGGCCCUGCACGGCGACCUUCCAUCGGCAGUUCGCUGCAGCCCUCGCCAAGCACAACCUUCAACCCGCCACCGCCUCAGUGUGCCGCGGCACCACCGCCACCCCCACCGCCCGGCAGUGGGUGUGCUCCACCUCCGCCUCCUCCACCACCUCUUGCCGGUGGUCGAGCACCACCGCCGCCGCCUCCGCCGAUGGCUGGUGGACCGCCGCCACCUGCACCACCGGCACCGCCGGCACCCAACUUACUCUCCGUGCAGGCCAACUCCAAUGGUCCACUGGCCCGUUCGAAGACACCGGACGAGCAGAUCGUAAUCGUGAAACCGCUACCGCAACAGGAAACGCCAGUGCCACGCGCCAAGAUGAAGACCAUCAACUGGAACAAGAUACCGCCACAAAGGGUGCUCGGCAAGCAGAACAUAUGGUCGAUUGUGGCCGAUUCGCACCAGGAUAGCCCAAUGGCCGAUCUGAACUGGGACGAGAUGGAAGGACUGUUCUGCUUGCAGACGCAAACGCAAGGCUCGCCGAAACUUGGUCAGCGAUCGGGAGCCUCCGGCGGUGAUGGCAGCAACGGUACGGACACACCGGAUGCACGCAAAUCACGGAAGGAAAACGAAAUCACCCUGUUGGAUGGGAAGCGGAGCCUGAACGUUAACAUCUUCCUGAAGCAGUUCCGUACCACGAACGAGGACAUCAUACAGCUCAUACGGAACGGUGAGCACGAGGACAUCGGGGCGGAGAAACUCCGCGGACUGCUCAAGCUGCUGCCCGAGGUGGACGAGCUCGAGAUGCUGCGAGCCUUCGAUGGUGACAACAAUAGGCUGGGCAAUGCGGAGAAGUUUCUGCUUCAGCUGGUACAAGUGCCUAAUUACAAAUUGCGAAUCGAAAGCAUGUUGCUGAAGGAAGAGUUUAAGGCGAACCUGAUGUACUUGGAGCCAAACAUACACGCUAUGCUGUUUGCUGGUGAAGAUCUGAUGAACAACAAACCACUCCAGGAGGUACUGUACAUGGUUGUGGUGGCCGGUAACUUUCUCAACUCGGGCGGAUACGCGGGUAAUGCGGCGGGCGUGAAGUUAUCGUCGCUGCAGAAACUCACCGAUAUCCGUGCGAAUAAGCCGGGCAUGAACCUGAUACACUUUGUGGCGCUGCAAGCGGAGAAGAAAAAUGCCUCGCUGUUGGAAUUCCCCGGUCAGCUAACGAUGCUGGAAAAUGCGACGAAAACCACUGUCGAGCAGAUAAGCAACGAAGUGAACGCGAUCGACAAUCGCAUCAAAAAGAUCAAGAAGCAGAUCGAGCUGCCGAAGACGGAGGAAGAUAUCAAGUUCCAGAUGGAAGAAUUUCUUUGCGCAGCAGAACAGGACGUAAUAAUGCUACAGCGGGCACUGAAGCAGUUGGAAGCGAUGCGCCUUCAGUUGGCCGAGUUCUUCUGCGAGGAUAUGGGCACGUUUAAGAUGGAAGAAUGUUUCAAGAUUUUCCACACCUUCAGCGAAAAGUUCCAGCAUGCUGUGAAGGACAAUGAAAAGCGUCGAGUGCAGGAAGAACAGGCCAUGCUGCGUAGGAAGCAACGGGAAGAAACACUUAGGAGAAGGCAAUCUAAUCAACCCGGAACACCGGUGUCGGAUUCGGAGGGUAGCCUACUGUUGGAUGCAUCGCAGUACGAUCUGCGCUACAGCCCGGCCAUGUCCCGCCGUCGUUUGGGCUCAUUCAACAGUAACGGAGAUGCACUACUGAUGCGGGAUGAGUGUGCGUCCCCGGAUAUUACGCCCAACGGUAGCCUAAGGCGACGCCGCAGUCGAGUGCUUUCGGAGGAAGAUGAAGGUAAUCUCAUGGACUUUUUGCGCUCGUCCGGUCACGAGAGCAGUAAUCGGGAGCGAAAAUCCGCUGCCUAUGGUAGUCUGGAUCGAUCCUGGGCCCGCCGGGCCCGUUCGGGCAGUGGCAGCAAGAAGCGUCCUGAUCUGCUGAACGUUCAGUUCGGUGCGGAUCGUGAACGACCCAGCUCACCAUCGCCACUGACCGAAUCAAAGCCGCUCGCGGUGGAAGAACACAAACCGAGAAUUUCCAGGGAAUGGCGACAGAAGAUCGAAUCCUGGCUGCAGGCGAACGAGCAGGACGAGCGACACAAUGACGAUUACAAGAAGAAGCUGAAACGGGUCGCCGCUAACCGGCGCUCUUACGAAACCGACAACGAAAGCGAUCGUGGCAGCAAGCUGGAUCCGCUACCGGAGGAGAAACCACCGACCGUGACCUCACCCGAGCCACCCAACGUGCCCAGAAUAGUGGCUCCAGCUGCGCAGGGACAGGCGUCAGCCGCAUCACCAUCACCGUCGGAACAGCAGCUGUUCGGUGGACCGAUGACGUACAAACGGGUCUAUCCAAAUUGGCGUUCGGCGACGUCACUCGAGCAGACGGAUGUCGUUGGUGCGAUAGAGGCCUUGACAGGUGCGGCCUCACCGGAUGCGGAUAAGUCACCUUGGCGCAAAUCGGCCCUCAACACGGCAAACAGUGCGGACAGUGACGAUCUGUCGAAUCAGCGCUACCGUCGACAGCGCUCCCGCGAGGGAGCUAAUCCGAGUUCCAAUCUGCAGUCAAUCCUCGAGGAAGACAAGCGUAAAAACAUUAUUCAAUCGUUGGGCGAGCGGCCACCAUCGGAUCGGCUACAGAUCUAUAUCCGCCGUGGAUCGGAUAACCCCCCGGUAAUAUCGUCGGAAAAUUCGCCCACUUCCGCCACCGGUGUUAAGAGUACCGGCGCAAGAGAUACCAACGGAGAAGAGCACAAGCAGUCCAUCUACAUCCGGCAGCAAGUUGGCAGUGACAAGCAACCCAACGCUGCCGGGACACCUUCGACGAUAACGUCCAGCACGACCAGUACAAUAUCCGGCUCGGAACUGGUCGGAGUAGCUGGAGGAGAUACGACGUCAUCUCCGUCCUCUGGUGCCGUGGCUCCACCACCCCGUCGUACUCGGCGUGCCCAUCACGUGUACGACGAGUCAACUAACAACAAGAUUGAGAUAGAUUCGGACAAUAUCGAAACACCUCCUUCGAUCCGCCGUAAUGUGGGAGGUAUUGGCGGAACUGGUGGUACGGGUGUUUCCUCUGCCGGUGGAGGUGCCUGCCGACGAUUACAUCACCAGAGCCAGAGCGAUUCCAAGGAUUCGCAUUCGCUGCUAGCAAACGAUUCUGGCAAGGGUUCAUCGGCGGCCGACAGUACCGGUGCGGAGGUGCUUGGCGACGGACAGUUCGAUCGGUUCUCGUCGGCAAGACGCACGCGUCGUUUCAAGCGUCCGGUCGAUCUGGGAGCAUCCGGGGCGGGCAGCGGCAAUGAGACUACCACUACCACGGCCACCACAGCCUCGCCAUCACCAGACUCCUUGCCAGACAGUGCAGCACAGAGUCCAUUGCUGAAGACCACCAGCAUUACGUCCGCCGGCAACAAGGACAACGUGAAGCACGAGCAGGAACAGCGUUUGAAGCGCUGGCAGGAUAAGCUAAAGUCAUCGACAGAUACCACGAAGACGGGUGGUACGGGCGCGGCUGUGAACGGUCGAGAAUCACCCCGUUCGCAUGCCGAAGCCGUGCUGAAUAGGGCCAGCAAAGUCGGACGCACCAUUAGCCGCAUCAGUCAGGAGGAUGUGCGUGAGGCCAUUCGUAGUCUAAAAUCUCCAACACCCGAACGCACAUGGAGCCCUACGAAGGAUAUCCAUCAGCAACACGCCAAGGGUGCGGCAGUGACUCACGAGCUCAAUGACGAGGGUUUCGAGGAAACUCAGAGUCUCGUCUCAGACACACCUUCGCAAGGCAAGGACAGUGUGUCGUCCUGCAAUGAUUAUGGCUCGGAUACGAAGAGCAAACGUGUCGUGACGGCCUCGCCAGCGCCCGCCACGAAGCUCUCGUCCCACAGCUCAACCGGAAACCUGAAGACAAACCGCAACAGUAGCCCAAGCAUGGCUAGCCUCCUGUUGGUAAAGAAUGGAAGCUCCGGGCUCGAGCGAAGCCGCUCGUUGCGCGGUCCACCUACUGCUGCUAGUUCCCCCGUUAGUAAGAAUCUCCUACCACGUCGGACGGCCUCCAUGCGACGUGGUAUCACGACGUCCUCAACCAGCGUGGAUGGUUCCCCAAGUUUACAUCGGCCGAUCGCACGUCAAACGCAAGACGUCGAGCGGAGCAAUUCCCGCACCAGUCUGCGUUCGUCUCGCUCGUCGCUGAGCAGUGCUGUAUCGACGAAUACUGUCCGUAAGGUGCCUCCUCCGCUGCGUUCCGGACCGAACAACGGCAGCAGUAGCACCUACCCCAAGACUUUCUCUCCGCUCUCUACGAUGGCGACGUCCACGCUAUCGGCAAACAGUUCUCCCUCCAAACGGCCCUUGGCCACCGCUACCUCGAGCAAUAUCGGACAUCGGGGUGCUCCGGCCAGCCGCAGCAGUUCCAGCGGUUCUAGCAUCGGUCCGACGGCGACCAUUGUUCGCAAACCGCCCGCCAAAUCGGCAACGAAGGAGAAUCAACUGCAUUCUUCGUCGGGCGGUCGGUUACCACCGGGUAGCAAGUCGACUAGUAGCGGCAGCCUGGCCGGUUCUGGCACUGGUGGUGGUGUAAGUCCAACGCCGGCCUCGGGACGUCAGUCGGUCGCCGCACAGCAAGCGGCGGUGACCACCCGACGUACCAGUGGGUUCAUGCGUCCAACUACCUCCAGUGCCACCAAAGUGAAGGGCAAAUAG